AAAAGGAGCAUUAGUGACAAUAUCUGAAAUCUGAAUGUUUUUCUUUAGUUAUUGUUUGACAGGGUCAACGAAGCGCGACGCGUCUUUCAGUGCGGAAGGAAGCCGUGACAUCAUCAGCCCGUCAACCAAUCAACAGCUCUGUGUACGCGACACAGACGCGCAGUCACUGAUGAUCGGAUGUUUGAAUGUCAGUGACUGAAUGCGGUUCGCUUCAGAUGCUGAAAUAUUAAACCAUUCUCAGAAUUUGAGUCUGGCUGCUGGUUUGUAUUGGACAACCACAAGAAAAUCGGACUCUUUAAAUCCCCUUUUUGCCAGCAACCUACAUGGAGCCAUUGACAAUGUCAUUUACAGCUAACACCUUAAAAAACCCAGAAUGCAUUGCAGCAUCUAAGGACGAUCACCUUUCCAGUCUGAAAGCUUUGACUGAGAAGCUCAAACUUGAGACCAACAUGUCCUCUCAUCUGGACUGGAGAUUUCAGCUGGAGGCGAUGCUGAGAGAUGCUGAGACGACGGCCAAUCAAUCACAGGAACAUAGAAGCUCAGAUCCAAUAAGGAGGUCAAAGUCGUCUCUGAGCACUGGUGUGUCCAAUGAAGCAAAGCAUCCUGGAGGGAAUAUGAUGGGAUUUAAAAGUAUGGAUCAAGCAUUGGAGUGGCUCAGGGAAGAGCUGGCAGAGAUGCGUUUGCAGGACCAGCAGCUGGCACGUCAGCUAAUGCGCCUGCGCAGUGACAUUAACAAUCUGAGAAUCGCGCAGACGUGCGACCAACAUCGCAAGAUGCUGAACGAUGCCACAUUUGACCUGGAAGAGCAAGAUGAUAUGUCAGGUUUAUGUGAAGUCCCCAUGUCUCCUGGAUUAGGCCUCUCCUCACCACUAAAAGUCAUUGGGGUCACCAAGAUGAACAUUAAUUCUAGACGUUUCUCUCUGUGUUAGAAGUGUACGGGGAAGUGCACUUAAUACUGCAAGUAAAUGAUUUAGAAUGUUUUAUAUAGAUUAAAUAUAUUAGUACAGAUUAAAUCUAUUUUUUUCUGGAUAUUUCAAUAAAGAUGAAAUAAAGAUCACAAACCAUUUUAUUGUAUAAUGAUGCAUCACAUCUCAUGAUACGUUUCACAUGAGAGAAACAUGAUAUUUAACAAAAAAUAAAUAAAUAAAGCUGGGACUUGAUAUUGAUUAUAUCCAAAUAAUUGAAUGGUGAAAAGCGUCUUUAUAUGUCAUGUGGUCGGAGUGCUUAGUGACAUCAUCUGUA